AUGGACGCGAAUACUCAGGCCCUCGAUGCCCCAAAGGAGUACAUCUCAAGCCUGCCUAGCAAGAAUGUACGGGUAAUGCUGCUCGCGGCGCUCAACGUCUGGUUUCACUUGCCCGCGGCGAUGCUCGCAGGUUUGACUGAAGUUGUGAACCAGCUUCACAAUGCCUCUCUAAUCCUCGACGACAUACAAGACCAAUCUCCCCUGCGCCGGGGUCAGGCGGCUACCCACAUGGUCUUCGGCGUGGGACAGUCCACCAACACCGCGACGUUUAUGAUUGUCGAAACAUUCCAGAAGGUCGAUCUGUUGGUUCGUGGACAGGCCCAGGAGAUAAUGCAUACAGGCCUUAAGUCUCUGUUCACCGGCCAGUCUUGGGACCUCGAUUGGAAGGAGCGGAACUAUUGCCCAACUCGCGAGCAGUACCUGGAGAUGGUCGCCGGCAAGACCGGAGCGCUGUUCCAGCUGAUCUCGAGACUGAUGUUUUGCCUCGCCGGCUCGGGAUCCGCGAUCCUCCCUGCCAACCCACACCCGCAGGAGGAGCAGGAAUCGCUGGUGGAGAAAUUCGAUCGCUUCAUGAACGAGCUCGGGUUGUACUUUCAGGUCCGCGACGACUACCGUAAUCUGAAGGAUACCUCCUACACCGCCCAGAAAGGCUUCUGUGAGGACCUUGACGAAGGCAAGUUCAGCUAUCCUGUGGUCAUGUGCUGUGAGAUAAACUACGUGUUCAAGAGACCCUUUUUGGAGCUUUUUGGUCGGCUGAAGUACAGGAAGGGUGGUAUGGAGUUCGAGGAUAAGAUGAAGGUUUUGGCCAUGUUGGAUAAGUCCGGCGCCAUGAAAGCCACGGAAGUCGCCAUCAAAGCGUGGGAAGAAAAGUUGAUGGAGAUGGUCACAGAUCUUGAAAAAGCGUUUGGCUCUACUAACUCUUCCUUGAGGGAGAUCCUGAUGAAGUUGGCCGCUUAG